CCGGCUCAGAAGCACCAUGACGAGAUGGGCUCUUCAGAGCAGAAGACCAGUUGGAACCUCAUCGUCAAUGCCUUGGAACGUUACAACAAGGCGACUCCCAGUUGCAGCCCCAACGCCUUUUGGGUUAUUGGAGCACCUGGAAGUGGAAAGAAUUGCCUCAUGUGUCGAGUGAUCAUGGACAGUGUCUCUCGCUUUGACAACCUGGUGCCCUUGCGCUUACCGAUUAUGGAUUUGGUGAAGCGCACGGACCAGAUGCCUGAGCGGGAUCAGAGCUCUGUCCAGACUUGGUUUGACAAGUACAUGCGAAUUCUCUUUGGUGAGGACACCCCUCGGUACAAGAUGAUGAAGAUGGCCAUUGCCAUGAGACGUGCCCUGCUGCUCUUCGAAGGCUUGGAUGCGGCAGGCAGCGUUACGGAGGCGGUGAAACUGUUGAUCCAAGGCUUUGUGAAAGAUGGGCACUUUGUUCUCAUGACUUCCAGGACAGCGGGCAUUGCGGAGCAUUUGGUGGUCAUGGAGAUGCAGUUUUUGACGGAUGAACAGAAACGCGCCAUCGCGAACCAACGGUUGGGACCACAAGGGCUGCAGUCCUUCAACGCCUUCAUUAAAAAGAUCCGAGGCGAAAGAGGUGAAGAGGCCAAUGGUCCCGAGGAUCGCAGCGAGGAUAUCUUCGGAAACCCCAUGAUGCUUAGUAUGCUGCUCUGUUACCUCUCACCGAAGGAGAACGAGAUGCCUGAGAGGAAACGAAGUUCCACCAGCGAAGACAAUUCGAAGGUGGACUUGAUGGCGGUGUAUCGGGUCUCCGUCUCUGUGAUGUGCGCUUGCCCAGGAACGGUGGAACGGGGAUCCCGGGGAGCCGCGAAGCCAUGGCGGUUGAAGCGGAUGCUACUUCAGCAGCAGGCGGAUCGCCACAUUAAGGAGGAUUUGUUGAUCGAAUGCUCUCGGGUCUUGGAACGCGCCGCCAUGAACAUGCAGGCGUUCAUGGUCCGUACGGGUGGCGAUGAGCUGACCGCGAUUUAA